AUGGGCUUCACCACCGGCUUUACCGGCGGUGUCACCCUCACCCUCUCCCUCGCCUACCUCUCAGUUCUCGCCCACCAGCGCACCCGCGAGCAACAAGGUCAGGCCCUCCGAUCCCAGGCCCUCGCCAUCCAGGGCCUGAUCGAUCCCUUCCCGCCGCUGCCACCCCCUACACGGUCCGAAGUCGCCGCCGCCCAGCGGGCCAACGCCGUCGAGGUCGCAAAGGAGCGAUGGAACACCGAAGUCAUGAACGCCGUGCAUUGGGUGCAGCGCACCGACUGGGUUGAGGUGCGCGAGGGUCUCGAGGAUACGGCGUCGCGGCUGUGGAGCCGAGCCUUUGGCAACCCUUCAGAGGGAGCCGAAUCUACUAUCAAGCCUAUUGUGAAGGAGGAGGCUGCUAAGUUGGGCGAGGCCAGCGGCAAGGUCGCUGCGGCUGCGAAGAGUGCCUUCCAAAAGGUCAAGGCUGAGAGCAAGGAGUUUGCCCACGCGGCCCUGGAUCACAGCAAGGACAAGGAGAAUGUGGACAUUGCGCAGGAGGACGGCAGUGUGGCGGUGCCGGUGCUAUCACCCGUGGAGAGGGCGCUCCAGCAGCGCUUCGUCAAGCCCGAGGCCGAGCCAAAGCAGACAGUGGAGGAGGUGCUCAAGGAGAGAUACACGCCCAUGGACAAGAGGGAUAACACGCAGCUGAGGGGGGUGUAG